AUGACGGCCCUCACUUUACUAACGUGCAACCUGUGUGAGCCUGCCCUCAGAGACCGUGGGCCACGGGAACUGUGUGAGCCUGCCCUCAGAGACCGUGGGCCACGGGAACUGUGUGAGCCUGCCCUCAGAGACCGUGGGCCACGGGAACUGUGUGAGCCUGCCCUCAGAGACCGUGGGCCACGGGAACUGUGUGAGCCUGCCCUCAGAGACCGUGGGCCACGGGAACUGUGUGAGCCUGCCCUCAGAGACUGUGGACCACGGGAACAGCAGAUGAUGAGGGCACCCUGCUCUCCACCCUGCCCCUUCCAGCCUCCUGGUGCUUGGUCUCCUGAUCAGAGAAGCUUGGCUGGCUCCCGUCACCCUCCUUCCCUGCUGGCCUUGCUGAGAUGUGCCCUGGGCAGGGAACUGGGAGGGAAGGAGCCUUCUCACAUGAUCCAGCUUAAUCCUCCUUCUCCUUUCCCGAAGCGCGAGCUGCAGCACGAGCACAGCCGAAAUGCGGACGCGCGGGGGUCUGAGGUGCGCAAGAAGGGCUUUGCUGCUCACCGCCCUCUGGGCCACCGCACUGCUGUCUGCCCCAGGUGCCUCCCUGCCCCGGCGACCCCCACGGGCCACAGCCCACCCUUCCAGAUUUCUAAGGAAUCUUUCUUCGUGGGCUUGGAAUGUGUGAACCGGCAUCCUUCAAACUUCACCUACUUUUCCUUCCCAGGAAAUACUACCCAAUGUGUUAUUUCUCCAUCCUCGGAGUUCCCUGAAGGUUUUUUCACAAAGCAGGAACAAGCAGAGGGCGGCCUUGUCAUCUACUUUCUAAUUAUCCUCUACAUGUUCAUGGCUGUGUCUAUUGUCUGUGACGACUACUUCCUACCUUCCCUGGAAAUCAUCAGUGAAACCCCCACCCUCACUGAAACACCAGGCAUUCUGCUCCCAUUGCCUGCUGCGGAGCAGUGCCCUCAGGCUCUCAAACAGCCCCGCAGAGAGGAGGGGGCACUCAGCACAUACGUGAUUAAUCAAAAAGUUAAAAUCAGCGAUGUUGCAGGAGCAACCUUUAUGGCAGCAGGCAGUUCAGCUCCUGAAUUAGUUACUGCUUUCCUAGGUGUAUUUGUCACCAAGGGAGAUAUUGGCAUUAGCACCAUUCUCGGAUCUGCAAUUUAUAAUCUCCUUGGCAUCUGUGCAGCCUGUGGCUUGCUAUCUAACAUGGUCUCCACGCUGUCUUGCUGGCCCCUGUUCAGAGACUGUGCGGCAUAUACGGUUAGCACAGCAGCAGUCCUUGGCGUGAUAUUUGACAAUCAAGUUUACUGGUAUGAAGGAACUUUACUGCUUCUGCUAUAUGGGUUAUAUGUUUUGGUGCUGUGUUUUGACAUUAAAAUCAACCGAUAUAUCAUAAAGAAAUGCAGUCCUUGCUGCACCUGUCUUGCCAAAGCUAUGGAGGAAGGAGCCGAACAACAGCCACUGAUGGGAUGGGAGGAUGAGGGCCAACCAUUCAUUCGUCCGCAGUCAAGAACUGACAGUGGAAUAUUUCAGGAAGAUUCUGGCUACUCCCAGCUUUCUUUAAGUUUACAUGGUCUUAGUGAGGUUUCUGAAGAUCCACCAAGUGUUUUCAACAUGCCUGAAGCAGACUUAAAAAGAAUUUUUUGGGUAUUAUCCCUUCCCAUUAUUACAUUACUUUUUCUAACCACACCAGACUGUAGAAGAAAGGUUUGGAAAAACUAUUUUGUGAUAACGUUUUUCAUGUCUGCGUUAUGGAUAUCUGCAUUUACAUACAUUCUGGUUUGGAUGGUCACAAUAACUGGGGAAGCACUAGAAAUUCCAGACACGGUAAUGGGCCUCACUUUAUUAGCAGCAGGGACAAGCAUACCAGACACCAUUGCAAGUGUGUUAGUUGCAAGAAAAGGUAAAGGCGAUAUGGCAAUGGCUAACAUCGUGGGAUCCAACGUGUUUGAUAUGUUAUGCCUAGGUGUCCCAUGGUUUAUUAACACCGCGUUUGUAAAUGCAUCAGCUCCUGUCGAAGUGAACAGCAGAGGACUCACUUACAUAACCAUCUCUCUGAACAUUUCAAUCAUCUUUCUUUUUUUAGCAGUUCACUUCAAUGGCUGGAAACUAGACAGAAAGCUGGGAGUAGUCUGCCUAUUAUUAUACUUGGGGCUGGCUACAUUAUCAGUUUUGUAUGAACUUGGAAUUAUUGGAAAUAAGAAAAUAAGGGGCUGCGGAGGUUGA